AUGGCCAUUGCCAAGGCCCAAAGCGGCAUCUUGGAGGAGGCCGUGGCCAGUUUUGAGGCGGCCCUUGCAGUCUUGGAGGACAACGAGCUGCUGGAGACCGAUUUGGGUGCUCGCGUGCUGCAGAACCUCUCCGUUGCCCAGGCGCAGAUGGGCGACGAAGAAGCGGCGGCCAGAUCCGAGGCAGAGGCAAAGCAGAUCCUCGAGGAAAUCCAGGAGAGGGAGUCCGGGCGAGACGCAACCGGAAAGUCACCGUUGGCGCUUUUGUGUGAGAUGUUUUGA